AUGGUGAAGAACGACGUCUUCCCCAGCAUUAUGUCUAGAAACAUCCUCUUGGCUGCACUGGUGCGAUUGAAUAUGAUUCCAGAAGCUCGGGAGUUGUAUAUGGUAAUACGGGAUAGAGGGAUGGAUUGCGAUUGUUUUACUCUCAAUGUGAUUAUGCAUGCUUGUUUGAAAGAAGGGAAACCUGAGGAAGCCGAGGAAUAUUUCGUAGAAGCAAGGUCUCAGGGAUCUGAACUCGAUGCUGUUACAUAUAGUACUGCAAUUCAGGCAGUUUGCAAGAAACCCAAUUCAAAAGGAGCUUGUGAAUUGCUGAAAAAGAUGAGAGAAUUGGGUUGGGUUCCAUCUGAGGCUGUAUACAUGAGUGUAAUUGAUGUUUGUAUGAAGCAGGGGAAUAUGGAAGAGGCGUUGAGAUUAAAGGAUGAGAUGAUCAGAAGUGGCAUCUCUGAAUUUGGUGGUCGUAACGAGUCUGAUGAAGGGCAUUUACAGUGACUUGGAUAGUGCUUUGGACAUGUUCUAGAAGAUGGUUGGGAGUGGGAUUGCUUCUAAUGAUGUUACCUAUGGUCCUGAUUGAAGUUUGCUUUAGAAAUUGAAAUAUGGAAAAGGCGUUGGAGAUUUAUGGUGAGAUGAAAACUAAGGGGGUUUCGCCGAGUGCCUUUACUUUCAAUUCGUUGAUUCGGGGGUUGUUGGGAAAGAAGAAGUGGGAAGAGUCGUGGAAGUUGUUCGACGAGGUGGUUGAAUGUUGAGUAGCCAAUGUUUUUUUUAAACUUAUAAUGAUCUCAUAUAUUGGUUGUGUAAUGAGGGUAGAAUGAGGGAAGCUUGCAAUUUAUGGGAAAGGAGUCGUACUUAGUACUGUUUCAUACAAUAACUUGCUACUUGAAAGAAGGGAAUAUGGAUGUGGUAUCUAUUGUAGUCUCCCGAAUGUGUAAGGAAGGCAUCAUGCCCAAUGUCACUACUCUGAUGGAUGUGUAUUUCAAAAAGGGGGAGAUCGAUUGAGCAUUCAAUCCAUGUAACCAAAUGUUGGACCUGAGGAUUGCUUCCAAUAUUUCACAUUCUUCAACACUAUCAUCAACAGGCUCUGUAAAGCGAGUUGGACAUCUGAGGCAGUCGAUAUGCUGAAGAAGUUUGCAAGGAGGGGUUUAUUCCCAUCUGCAUGACCUACAACAGCAUCAUCGACAGCUUCAUAAAAGAGGGCACCAUGAACUCGGCCUUGUAGAUGUAUUGCCAAAUGUCUGAAAGUGGGAUGUCCCUAAAUGUUGUUACCUUCACGAGUUUCAUCAAUGGGAGUAUAGAUCUUGCUCUGAAGAUACGGAAUGAAAUGGAAAACAAGGGUCUCUAGAUGUUGUUGCAUACAAUGCUCUAAUGGAUGGGUUUUGCAAGAAAGGAAAUAUGGACAGUGCACACAAGCUAUUCGUAGAACUGGUUGAAGUAGGUUUGGCUCUGAGGGAUUGCUAGGUAUAGGAAUCGAGACAAUAUGGAGGCAGCAUUUGAUCUGCACAAGAGAAUGCAUGGAGAGGGGAUUCCUACAAAGGGAGGUUGGCGCCAGUUCGGGCAUACCUAAGAAUGUGGGUGGAACCAUGAGUCCAUUGUUUAGAAUUAGAAUGUAAAAUAACUGGUCCCUAAUCCUAUGAUCAUGAUGAUUGGGAUUUUUUACUUUUCUCUCUUGAAAAAAUGUGGUUCUGUUAUGGAUGAGGUUGAUUAAAGAAGCAUUUCCUUUGCUUAGUUUCCUAUUCUUUUAAUGAAUCUCCACUUGGCUUCUUCUCCAGUUCCAGAGAUCUCAGGAAGGGGGGAUCCUCUA